CAAUAGUGCAUCACAUAAAAUACUGCAAACUGGGCAUAGCUCUUUGAAACAGACCUUUCUAUUGCUCGCCACACGGAUGCCGACCUGCGUAGGGCAGGCACAGGGUCGGCAGACUUCCAUGCUCCUUCGGCCAACUUUAAGAUCGGCAGUGCUACUGCCCUUCAGGGGAAGGCAGCGAGCGGUGGGCGUCCAGGCGCAGGCAGCCAAGAGCGGCAAGGGCUUCGGCACCACCGCCAAGCUGCAGGAGGUCCCUGUUGUCACCAAGCUGGAGUGGACCAGCCCGCUCCAGAUCAUCAAGUAUCCCGACCCACGGCUGCGGGCGGUUAACGCCAAGAUCAAUGUGUUUGACGAAUCGCUCAUGCGGCUAGCCAAGGAGAUGAUUGAGAUCAUGUACCAAGACGACGGCGUGGGCCUGGCGGCGCCCCAGGUGGGCGUCAACGUGCGGCUGAUGGUGUUCAACCCCAUGGGUCGCGACAAGCCUGGCAACGAGUCCAUCCUGGUCAACCCGGAGAUCGUGGAGCAGCUGGGCGGCAAGGAGCUGGGCGAGGAGGGCUGCCUGUCCUUCCCGCGGAUAUACGGCGACGUGGAGCGCUCGCGGCAGAUCAACGUCAAGGCGCUGGAUGCCACGGGUCAGCCUGUGAAGCUGACGCUGACGGACCCCUGGGUGGCGCGCAUCUUCCAACACGAGUUCGACCAUUUGCAGGGCGUGCUGUUCCAUGACCGCAUGAAGCCCUCGGUGCUGGAGACCGUGCGGCCCGAGCUGGUGGCGCUGGAGGAGGCUUUCCUGGCGGACCACCCAGCAGCCAAGGUACAGCGCCUGGCGCCGGCCAAGGGGGCCAAGGGGUUCGGGGCGCCCAAGAAGUAAGUGGAGGCGCAGCAAGUAGGGGCAUGGGGGUUAUGGAGAGGGGCUGUGUACAGUGUGUGGAUGAAAUGGGUUUGACUGGCCGGAGUUGCGCAUGGGCGACACAGGGUGGACUUCUGAGCGGUUGGCAGUUGUCCUGCGGGCGCGGCCCAUCAUGUGGGCACCAGAACGGGGGCACUGGUGGGCCCUUGACGUGGUCGACCAGGGUUUUCAGGAUGGGGUCCGACACCGUGCGCGGCCGGCCUGGGCGUGGCUUGGGCUCUGUCCCGCCAGUGUGCACGUAGCGCACGUACCACUUCUUAAUCUGCUCCGCCAUAUGCUUGGGUGAUGCCUCCCAUGGUGUGUAAUCAACUGGCUGCGGGAAGAUCUCUGGGCAUGCCUCGCGUGCCGUGAACUCCGCCACGGCAAUGGGGCCCCAGCGCUGAGGUGUGGUGCCACGUGUGGUAAGCCCAGAACGGUAACAGGCCUGAAUCGCAAUGGCGGCUACUAGCGCAGCUACCAUUCGCCGCCAUGCGUCCGUUGACAGGUUGGAAUAGAUGGUGCCAGUGGUAGCAUCCAUCCUUUCACCUGUGUGCGUCGGUGAUGGGGUUUGCGGGUGCGUGGUGAGAGAGGGGGACAGGUGCACGCUAUCAUGAACCAGGCUAAAUUCCUAAUAAUUCGCCCCCCAUGCGCCACAAACCCCACCCAACCUGAAACCCCUUAGUUCCCCAGAUCCAUUUCCACGUCACUGUGUCGCACAAUUCCGCCGACCUUUGCGCACCCCAGCAUAUGUGUGCCCGCGGUUUCCAAUGCUCUAUUGAAUGCACCAAAAGCCAGCCCAGGCCCUGCGUCCUAGGGCCCAAACGAGCUCCUCCGUACAAUGUUUGCUCGCACACUCCGGCGCACGCGAUUAGGUGUCGCGCGCUACUGUAUGGUAGCCCUUGUGUCGCACAAGUGGUUGGAGCGUGUUUGGGGUGAGUUGGCGCGGCAGGGUGGUGUCGCGCCCAUGCUGCCCCGCUUGCGGGGCUUGUUCCCGGCCGGUCUCUGAUGGCUAUGGUGUAGUCCUAUGAAUUAUCUGUGCGCGGGUUGGUGCCCGGCAAAUUUCUGUUGCAUGGGGCCUGCGCGCAUGGCGUGCCCCUCGGGGGGUAAUCGCGCUCGGAUCACAUAAGGGCCAUAUGCGCCUCCGGACUCAAAGGAGUUAGUGGGGCCGCAUGGACUACGACGCCAUGUAAAUGCUCAUGCUC